UGGAGCAAUCCGCGUGGGUUCAAGUCCCACUCUUGUCACAUAUUUCUUUUUUUUCUUUGCUCGGUUACGUUCGGGUUUAAAAUAAGUUAUGAACUUACAUAACUUUAAAUACGCGGGUAACUAUACGCGAUUACCUCUUAUCACUAGGGGUUGUGCACAGCCACCCGUUUCGUACAACUGAAAGGAGCCUGAGGCGGGGCUUUGCCUCUGUCCGUCUCCCGUCAUUCCACCAACAAUCUGCUGCCAGUCUCCCGAGUAGCCGCGCUUUAAAAGUAACAAUACAUUUUCUACGUUCGCUACCUACCUAGUACACAAGGUAGUAUUGUGAAUUAUAUAACUAGAGAGUCGAAUUAUCUUGACAAGAUGGUUACCCUCGACCGACAGGAGAUUAUUGCGACUAACAAGUCGCUCCGUCUCAUCAAGAAUGAGCUUGAGCAUCUUCUUGAGAAGGGAGUUCUGACGGACGAUGUGUUCGACUCAAUUCAUAGAGCGCUUCCCGCAGAGACCUCACUCUCUGGUGCGCCUACACCAUCAACGCGAGGGGCCUCUGUCGCCUCGCCGCCGCUAGGCCCCCCACCGCAACAUACACCACCUGUUCAUUCCAUGGCCAACUUAGCAAUCAAUCAGAACCCGACUUCCACUCCCGCACCUCCAGCAUACAGCUCAACCGGUCCGCCUUCGCUCCCUUCACGCGCAGGGCCUCCCCCUCCACCCCCAUCGAAGCCAAUCAUCGCCCACGCGAAGGCGCUCUACAAAUACCAGGCUGCAGAUGACCGAGAUUUGUCAUUCGAGCGCGAAGAUAAGAUUGCUGUAUACGAAUACAUGAAUGACGACUGGUGGAUGGGACGCAACAAGCGGACGAACGCCGAGGGUAUCUUCCCCAGGAAUUACGUUGAGAUAGACCAUAGUGAGAAGUCAGGUUUCUACGCUCCGGCCCAACCGGUAUACGCUACAGCUACGCCAGGAGGUAAUGGUGGUUAUCCACCGCCGCCGCAGGCACAGAACCCGUAUAAUGCACAAGUUCCCCCUAUGGCAGUGGCUCAAGGAAGUGGUAGUCCCAGCACGCCUGCCGAACCGAGCAAAAUGGAGCAAAAUGGAAAGAAGUUUGGCAAGAAGCUGGGAAAUGCUGCCAUCUUCGGCGCUGGUGCUACGAUUGGUAGUAAUCUCGUAAACAGCAUUUUCUAGGUUAGGCUCGUGACGACCCUCUGGUUUAUAUGUUGUUAUUGUUCUUGGUGUUGCUACUCGUAACAAAUUAUAGUAAAAUUGUAAUUUGUAGUAGCAGUCUAUGCCCGGGCUAAUGAUAUGCGGGUUGAUUUCUACAGGGUUUCGGCUUGGUGGGUUUGGGAUGAUGCAAUUUACAUUUAUCACAUAUAUAGAUGAAGGUAAUUACGUAUUCAUGACCUGGUAUUUUUUUCGUCGAGUGCCUUGUGUGUUAUUCAAUCCUGCCUAAUAAACAUUGUAGAUAGCUGGAUAUGCAUUAUAUACCGUAUGUAGGUAACCUGUUAACAAGUUCGGCAGGUACAUGAGGGUUACAGUGGGAUACUAUUGGCAGAGAGUAAUACUUCAUUUACCUAUCGUUUAGGUAGGCAGCUUUACGCAUAGCUUUAAAACUUGCUUAUACACUUGCCCAAGUUAUAAACUCUUUCACGUCCACUUACACAAUGGGUACCGCCUAUAAUCUUCAGGCAUCCUCUACGGGAUUGUCUAAUGUCCUAAUUGAUGUGUGGUUGACCCCUGAUG